AUGAAAUCCGCCCUCCCUCACGUGGCAGCAUACUGGAUAUCGGAUGCAUUCCAUGAAGCGACAUGGAAGUUUGUAAGCUGUAUGAUUGCAGUUGGCAUGACCUACAGAGAGUCUCUAGCUAUUGUUGCCACCACAUUCCUGAUUAUACCCGUGGUCAUCUCAGCUAAUGGAGCUAUCGGUGUAUUGUAUCACUCUCCAUUUCCUAUUUACAACGGCAGCAAAUUCGUGACCGUUAUGGUUACCAAUGUCUGGCCUAGCAUCAAGACCAAUGAAUUGAUCAGUUUCUGCGUAUUUUCAGUGGUGCAAUUUCCUUUUUUCUUUCCAGUUGCCUGGAUCACCAUUUUUAUUUGGGCAUUCAAAUCAACCGGGAUAGGACGCUAUUUGACCAGAAACCAUCAGUCAAUGGCAACUAAAUUCUCAUGUUGCCUAUUUUCCUUUACUUUCAUUGCUUUCAUCGGUGUCGCGUCAUCUUCGGCAGGGAAUAAUGUCUAUCCCCUUGAAGAAAUCCCGGGGGACCACAACUGCUUCGGGGCGCCAACAUUCGCUCUAGCAUCUUUGGGAGUAUACAUAUCUGCAAAUUUUCUCUCAGCCGCCAAUGAUUCUGCCGGUCUUGCACCGCAAUAUCUCAAUAUUCGACGUAGCUUAAUACCGUGCACCCAGCCUAAUGGCAUCUAUAAACACUCGGAAUGGAGAGUCAACUGGUGCGCUUGGAUAUCAUUUGGCGUUGGUAUUGCGAGUAGCCUACCUGGUUUAAUCAACUCAGUGAGAAUUCCUGUUGAUGUUGGCGUCGGUGCUUGUCCAUACCAGUUCAGUGGGUUGCUCGGUUUCUUCUCCACGACUAUUUUGUAUAUAAUUUGGUCGUAUGCUUUUACUUGCUUGUACAACCGUUUCCACGUCCCUGCAUCUGCCCGUAUUGUACGCGAAGCUUGA